AUGCUCCGGCUCCGCUCCUCCGCCCGCCUGCUCCGCAAGCUGUGCGAAGCGUCCCGGCCGCUGGUGCGCGGCGAGGUCCAAAGAGUGCCGCCGCCGCUGCCGACGAUGACGCGGCGGCUCUCCGGCGCAGCCUCCGCCGCGCGCUCGACCUCGCUCCUGCACCCGCUGCCGGGGCUCGACCUCCCGCCCUGCCUCCCCGACCAGCUCGCCCGCCUCCCCACCCGCAUCACCACGCUCCCCAACGGCGUCCGCGUCGCCUCCGAGGACGUCCCGGGUCCCACGGCGUGCGUGGGGGUGUUCGUGGCGUCCGGCUCGAUCCACGAGUCGCCCGAGUCCACCGGCGCGACGCACCUGCUGGAGAAGCUGGCGUUCAAGGACACGGCGCACCGGAGCCACAUGCAGAUCGUGCAGGAGGUGGAGGCCACGGGGGGCAACGUCGGCGCCUCCGCCUCCAGGGAGCAGAUGGUCUACAGCUACGACACGCUCAAGGCCUACAUUCCGCAGGCCGUCGAGGUGCUCCUCGACAGCGUCCGCAACCCGCUCUUCGUCCAGGACGAAGUCGACCGGCAGCUGGCCCUUACUCGAGAGGAGGUCCAUGCGGUGCAGAAGAACCCGGAGAAGUUUCUUCAGGAAGUACUUAACCUUGUUGGAUACGAGGGGGCGAUCGCGAACCCGCUGAUAGCUCCUGAGGAGGCUCUUGGGAUCAUCAAUGCCGAUAUUAUUCGGAAGUUCUAUCAUGAAAAUUUCACUGCUGAUCGUGUGGUUCUAGCAGCGUCAGGUGUUGAUCAUCAACAAUUGUUAGAUGUUGCAGAACCUUUGUUGUCUGAUUGGCACAAGGGGUCCCCUAUGGAAACACCAAAGUCUACGUAUACAGGUGGUGACUUCAGACAGAAAGCAGAAUCAGAUAUGACACAUGUUGCGUUGGCUUUUGAAGUGCCAGGCGGCUGGCUUAAAGAGAGAGAUGCUACAAUUAUGACCGUCAUACAGACCUUAAUGGGUGGUGGCGGCUCAUUCUCCUCUGGUGGUCCUGGAAAAGGGAUGCAUUCGCGGCUUUACCUGAGAGUCUUAACUAAAUAUCACGACGUCCAAUCAUUUUCAGCAUUCAGUAAUGUAUAUGAUAGCACUGGCCUCUUUGGUAUCUAUUUGACAACGCCACCAGAUUUUGUUGCAAAGGCUGUUGAUGUCGCUGUGCAGGAAUUGAUUGCUAUUGCAACGCCUGGACAAGUGACGGAGGUUGAGCUGACACGUGCGAAAAACUCGACGAUUUCAUCUGUGCUAAUGAAUCUUGAGUCAAGGGUAAUUGUUGCAGAAGAUAUAGGGAGGCAGCUUUUGACUUAUGGUAGCAGGAAGCCUAUCGAUCAUUUUCUUCAGUGCAUGGAGGAACUGACCCUAGAUGACAUUACAGCGUUUGCUAAGAUGUUGUUAUCUUCCCAACCUACAAUGGCUAGCUAUGGAGAUGUCGAUAAAGUUCCGCCGUAUGAAUUUGUCAGCAAGCGGUUCCAACGGUUCCGAUAG